UUAUUUUACAGCACUGGCUGCCGAUAAUGAAACGCAGCGCACACGAUCGGCUUCAUUCAAAAACUAUUGCAAGCUCAGCGAGUAAACAACAGCAACAGCAAGAGAAGAGGACUGCAGAAUGGAAGUUCAGAGAAGCAAUAAAGAGAAGAAAUAUUCUUACCUAUCCCCAUCCAAAUUUCCUGUGCUCAAGGAGCCGAGGGUGGAUUGCUGCGAGAACUGUAUUUGCAAUCGAAAGCGCGGCUCAAUUUUUUGCACCAGUUGCAAAAAAACUUUCGUGGGUCGCAUUGCGGAACGUUGUCAGAUGCAUCCAGAAGUUGCAUAUCUAAUGGAUGCCCGCUAUUGCGCUUUCUGUGGAGCCGCUGCUAAAGACUUGCAAAUGGGGGAUCCAAUGUAAGCCUAAUGUCGUUGACGACCAACAGUAUGCAGAAGACAUUCAUAUGUAAACAAUAAGAACAAAGAAGUCCACAAAUAUAUAAAUACAUUUGAUUUUGUAUGUAAGCAAAAUAGAAAGGUUUUUUUUUAUAACA